AUGACAAGAGGCAAUCUAACUGUUAUCUCAGAAUUCCUCCUCCUGGGACUGUCAGAGGCACCUGAGCAUCAGCUCCUCCUCUUCAGCCUGUUCCUAUCCAUGUACAUGGUCACUGUGGUGGGGAACCUGCUCAUCAUCCUGGCUAUCAGCUCUACCUCUCACCUCCACACCCCCAUGUAUUUCUUCAUAGCCAACCUGUCCUGUGUAGACAUCUGCUUCACUUCUGUCACUAUACCAAAGAUGCUACUAAACAUUCAAACCCAGAGGCAAUCCAUCUCCUACAUAGGAUGCCUUAUGCAGAUGUAUUUUCUAAUUUUGUUUCUAGAAAUGGGCAAUGUCCUCUUGGCAGUGAUGGCAUAUGACAGAUUUGUAGCCAUAUGUCACCCUCUUCAUUAUGCUACAAUCAUGAACCCCAAAUUCUGUAUCACAUUGGUGUCUGUGGCUCUGAUUAUCACACACAUCUAUCCCUUGACCCACACUCUCCUGAUGAAUACACUGUCAUUCUGUGCCAGUGUCAGAAUCCACCAUAUCUUCUGUGAGCUCUAUGCAUUACUAAAGCUUUCCUGCUCAGAUAUUCAUAUCAAUGAAUUGGUUGUUUACACUCUGGGGAGCUUUCUUUUUGUCACACCCUUCCUGUUUAUUUCCCUUUCUUACAUGCGCAUUUUCUCAGCCAUCUUAAGACUGCAUUCUUCCCAGAGCAAGCUGAAAGCGUUUUCCACUUGCAGUUCCCAUCUAGCAGUGGUGUCGUUGUUCUAUGGGACCCUAUUUGGGGUGUAUCUACGACCUUCCUCCUCCUACACAGUUGGGGACUCAGUGGCUACAGUGCUGUAUGCUGCGGUGGCACCUAUGCUCAACCCCUUUAUUUACAGCCUAAGGAAUAAGGACAUGAAGGGGGCACUCAGGGGCCUCCUCAGUUGGAGAAAGCUCUUCAGGCGGCCCAGGACUAGAUCUGGGCCUGGGGCUCCAGGGCUUUUGGCAGCCACACUGGGAAACCUCAGGAGGCUGUUUUUUUCUUGUUUUAUUAAACAAUUAAGUAAACAGUGA